AGCCUAGGCUGGCUGCCUGAGAGUAGAGAGUGACAGGUAAGGGCUCUGAACCUUCCUGCGUGCUGCCCAAAGAACGCCUAGAGCUACCAAGAGGCCCAGGGAGGAACUUUGGGACCUGACUGGGAAUGGCUUUUCUUCUGCAAGAGGACCACUGCUCAGGCUCAGAGGCCAUGGGGUGAAGUGCACACAAAAGUGGGCAUCCAGCCAUCCUCUAAGCCCCUCGAAGAUGAAGACCAGGGAGCAGCUUCCUCCAAUGAAGCAGCAGCAAUCAGAGGACCAGGAGGCUGAAGCCCUGAGCCCAGCCAGAGGCAGGAUCAGCCAAGUCUGGGACAGGCUUCAAUUAUUUUAGGACACCCUGCCCUCCGUCCGUGCAUAACCACGUUCUCGUUCAUGAAGCGGCCAGCCUCGCGGCGCUGGGGAGAAGGUUUCCUCCUUGUCCUCACUUCUGGGUCAACAGCCUUAGAUGGGGGCGGGCGGUGCGGAGCUGCCGAAACCUUCUCGAAGAUCUCAAGGAGUCUCUGUCCCGCAGAAUCAGCACCAUCCUCCUCGGAGCGCAGCUUUUCUUCCCUGCCCAAGUGCAGUGCACCCGCGCACCACCCAAGUGCCCAGCAUCGAGGGCGCAGCGGCUGCGGCCAGGGCGGCCAGGGCCCUCGAGCGCCCGCCUGUUUUCCCCCGAUGGCCGCAGGGGGGCAGGAGAGAGGAGCCGUGGCGCAGAGCACGCGGAGAGGGACCCGGAGCGCGGGAGCCAGGACUGCGCAGGCAGCGGCGGAGGCCGCGGGGCUCCCCAGAGAGUGGAGUGCCCAAGAAUUGGCCGGGGUGGGAGAGGUCCGCGGGAGACGAUCCCCGACCUCCAGGAACAGGCCUGCGGUGAGCCGCCUUGGCACCCGGGUUCUGCUGCCCCCAGGCGACUCGGAUCGAGACCUGGAAGUGGCCGCAAGGGACGCGAGGGAGAGCAGAGCUGUGAACCAGCCAGAAAGUCACUCCAACCGCAGGGAAUUCCGCUCCGGGAAGAAAGGGGGCGAGCUUCUCCCUGCGUUCCCCUCCACCCCCAGCCUCCGAAUGCACCUUCCCUGGGCUGGCGACCAGCUGUCACCCCCAUUUUGCAGCUACUGAGACUUGAGAUGUUGGGAGCCUAAAAGACGUCAUUUAGAACAUAAAGUAAUUAUGGUGAUUCUGAGCUCUGUGGUCAGAAAGUUUAACUUCAGGAGACAUAUAUAUUUGAAUGGCCACCUUUUCUUUUUCUAUUUUUUCCACGUCAGAUCUUUCAUCUCUUAGUAGAGACUUCUACACCUUUCUGUCAUUCCACCCCAAGAAGUUAUGGUCACCUGGUUCUCUUUUCUUCACCAAAUCGUCUCCAUUUUUCUUCUCCCUGCUUCCAAAUUUAAUUCUCUCUCUCUCUCUCUCCCACACCCCCCCCCCCCGCCCCAAGAUAGGUUCUCACUUUGUCACCCAGGCUGGUGAUCUCAGCUCACCCCAGCCUCAACCUCCUUGGUUUAAGUGAUCCUCCUGCCUCAGCCUCCAGAGUAGCUGGGAUUACAAGCGUGCACCACCACACUCAGCUAAUUUUUGUAUUUUUAGUAGAGACAGGUUUUCGCCAUGUUAUCCAGGCUAGUCUCAAACUCCUAGGCUCAAGCCGACUGCCUGCCUAGGCCUCCCAAAGUGCUGGGACUACAGGCGUGAGGUACUAUGCCUGGCCCAAAUUUAAUUCUUAACUCAUUUGAACCAACACUAGCCAAAAGUUCCAGAGGGUUCCAACCCAAAUGAAAAUGGCCCAGGAAAAGGAGGAGGGGAAGAAAUACACCUACCAAAGAUCAAAUAACAUCUUGUGGGUCCUUACCAAGAGUAGAUGUGAAAUUGUCUCAUCAAAUAGUCUCUGGUCUUUUGAAAAAUCUUUGCUCCAAAAUGACUUGCAUUGAUUUUUUCACUGAUGGUAUUUAUUUGGAAACUUCACAUAACUUACAGAUCAGGUAAAAGUUUUGUGUUCAUUAAAUCUAGACCUGGGUUCAAAAAGAUUGUGAAACUGCAUUGCUGAUGUUAAUAAACCAUCAAGUUAGAAAAAAUGAAAAGCACUAAGAGGGAGCAACACUAAAGCAAAGGCUUGUGGGAUUUAUAGAGUCAUCCCCAAAACAAAGUCUUUGUCUUCCUCUUUCUUUCCUCAUCCUAUUAGUCAACUGAGGACAGCACUUGGACCAUCCCUGGCCUGGUCCUUAUCUGGCGCUUUGAGAUGGGAGAGGAGGCUCCAGGUUACAGUUCUGUUGCACCACCUUCCAAGAAUGAAGCUAGUCAAACUGGACAGAACACUAUGGUGUAAGUGUGAUGGUACAGAAAGUUGGGACAGUGCUGCGCCUUCUGGAAAUGGUAGCCCAGCUGCUCAGGCGUGGGCACGUGCUUUGCUCCUUUAUGAUAGGAAUCAUGCCUUCCAGUUCCUCAGCAUCUGCUUUUCUAGCUGGGUAGUGGCCCAGGCCCCUGAGUUUCCACUUUCUUUUUUUGCUAGCUUUUUUGUUGUCGUUGGAAGUCUGGCAAUUCAUUACCAUCUCCACCAGAGGUUGCGCAGGAGAAAGGAAAGCUGGGAACUCCAGUCUACCUUGCAUUUCUUAGUAGUUAGUACUUCUAGUACUAGCUGGGUUUGGUGGGAAAAGAGCUGUACUGCUGGCUAAAAUGAGAUUUUGUGAUUAUCUGUGAAUUUAAUCUGGUCUCCUCACAUCUACCAUUUCCACAAAUAAUUAGAGAUUAUUAGACACAUUCAGAAGUUGCAUUAGCCUCAAAGAAUUUAGAGAAAAUCUAAAUAGGCUUAAAUACCCUCUUGGAAUCCAGAAUGUUAAGCUCUAUGCUCCAGAUAAUUAACACUUUUAGGGCCCCUUUUCUCCCCAUGGGACUAAAAUCACUCCUGGGUAACAAUUAACUGAACACAUUCUAAGUCUAAUAUAUUUUGCAGAAAGGAAUGAGCUGAGUAGAAAAACAGAUGAUGCACUACUGUUGCUUUAAAAGAGAAUAGGCCAUGCAGCAUUGGAGGUUUGGCACUUCUCUGUUCUCUUAAGAUGUAUUCUGAUUCUUGAGGUAUUGAGAAGAGCCUUUGCUCUUUUCCCACCAAAUCGAGCUAGUACUAGACGUACUAACUACUAAGAAACGCAAGGUGGACUAGAGUUCCCAGCUUUCCUUUCUCCUGCGCACCCUCUGGUGGAGAUGUUAAUGAAUUGCCAAACUUUCAACAACAGAAAACAGACUUUAUAUUUUCAAAAUAAAUCUUAUCAGUUGGCACGCAUGAGAGCCCCUCAGGUAGAGGGUGAUUCAUUGAGAGAGCAAUGCCUGCUCCAUGAGCACAAGUGUGCUGACCCCUUUUCUUGGAGAACAUUCUGGACAUAGAGUGUCCAUCAGGAGCAGAGGAUGAUGUGUAGAGAGGGCCACAGCCCUUCCUCAAUGCCCAGAGGGCUCCUUCCAGAGAACUUGAGUGGAGUACCACCGUGGGGUUCUUUUGAUUACUUUCCUCCCAGUGGGAGCCCUAGGUUAGCACUGACAUGCAGUGGCACCCCAUUAUUGCAGGAUGGCUGAGAAUAUGAUGAUGAGAGUAUCUUGUGCUUCUGCAAUAUUUAAGUUUUCAAGGCAAUUUUAUAUAUGUUAUCUUUUUUGUUUUUUGAGACGGAGUCUCACUCUGUCGCCUAGCUGGAGUGCAGUGGCACCAUCUUGGCUCACUGUAACCUCUGCCUCUCGGGUUAAAGCUAUUCUCCUGCCUCAGCCUCUUGAGUAGCUGCGACUGCAGGAAUGCACCACACGGACACCACAACGCGCACCUGGCUAAUUUUUGUAUUUUUAGUAGGGAUGAGGUUUCACCAUGUUGGCCAGGCUGGUCUUGAACUCCUGACCUCAAGUGAUCUGCCUCCCAAAGUGCUGGGAUUACAGGCAUGAGCCACCACAUCCUGCCUUUCUAUAUGCUAUUUUAUUUGAUGUUCAUAAUAGCUGUGAGGUAAGCAGUACAGAUAUUAUCUCCAUUGCUUCCUGGUGAAGGACUUAGCCACAGUCAGAUAGCUAGUAAGAGCAGAGCAGAAUUCGAAUUGGAGCCUUCUGGUCCCCCUCCUCUGCAUGCCUUUCAAGUUCUGUAAUAAAACAUCACAGUCUCUUAUUUGACUACAUUGUCAUGUCUGUUAUAUGUUCUUUAAAUGGCCACUACACUCAUGCAUGCUAAUUUUACAAUGUUUUAAUUAUGCAAAGUCUAUUAAAAAAUUUAAAGUAUCAUUUCUAA